GCGGGUAUCAGUAAUACUUGUUUCUGGCGGCGUUUUGGACUCCUCAGAGUGACUGACUCUAAGCUUGCUUCAGUUAACAUAUAGUUUCCGUUGUCAAAUUGUCCUGAACUCAUGUUUGAUUUGCUGUUAAUCGUUGUUUGUUGCUGCUGCCACUAAGAGUCUCAAGCAGAAAACCAAUUAUCAAAUUUAAAUGACAGAAAAACGCUCCUCACGGAUACGAAAAGUUCACAAUUACGCUCUAUUAGGUGACAGUGAUACAGAGUUCUUUGAUGAUGAUGAUGAACCCGUUAAAUUCAAGAAGACUGGUGAUAAAGAAGUCAAGUCGAUAAGUAAACCUUCAAAGACUAAGAUAACGAAAGAUACGCCCAUGAAACAAUAUGAAACAAUUCAAACACAAAAGGAAAAGCCAUCUAACAUAAUAAUCAACAAAGCAAAACUGACCAGUUCUAAUCUUUCGGCUUCCCACUGUGAAACUUCAGAACCUAUAACAAUUUCUAGCCACAAAGCUUUGUCAAAAUCCCCUCCUUCUACCAUUGUUUAUUCCAACUCAUUAGUCAAUAAUGUAACUACACCACCUUCAAAUAAAGCUUUUUUUCCUGUUACGCCGUCUAGUGGCCUUCGUCUUGGUUUAUCGCGUACAAAAAGGUUAAGACCUUUACAUGCAAAUGUGCGUAUAGCAUAAUUUAUGAUAUUUCUUAGACGUUGUACAAAGGAAUUUUUAAAACCUAAUUUUGUUUUACUGUGCAAUUCUCUUAUAAUAACUACUGCUUUAUGGAUUCUGAUAACUGAAUGUUCAGUUACUUCUUUGACUGUCAACAUCAGUUGUUUUUAAUUCGUUCAUAUCUGUGUCUUUUUACUCAGAAUUCGACGUUUAUCGCACUAUAUAUUUUAAAUCAAUCUUUCAUAUUAUUUGAGAAUAAUUAUUAAAUC